AUGCAGAAGCCGCGGCGAGGGGCGCACAGAAAGUCAAGACGUGGGUGCACAGCAUGCAAGGCCCGGCACGUCAAGUGCGACGAGCAAGGCCCUCCUUGCGCCAACUGCGCAAUCCGCGAAGUCGAGUGCAUCUACCUCCCCACGCCGAAGCGCGACCAGUCGCCCACCUGGGUCAUCGAGUCCUACAACUCCAACUCCAACUCCAACUCCGCGUCCUCCAACAGUCUCAGCCCUGUGCGCCGCCCUCCCGCACCCGCGACCGUCUCGCCGCUGUCCCUCUCCACCUCCGAGUCCUCCAACCGCCUGCUUGAGCUCGAGCUCAUGCACCGCUGGUCCGUCCGCACGUGGCAGGGCAUGUACAGCCUGCCCACCUGCCAGUCUUUUCUGCAGGAAGAUCUGCCGCGCCAGGGCCUGCGGCACGCGUUCAUCCUCGAUGGCAUCUUGGCCCUGGCGGCGGUCGAUGCCUCGUUGCAGGCGCCGCCGGGGGAUCGCGCAACCGCGCGACGAUAUCGGCGCGCGGCUCUCGAAUACUGCAAUAAGGCGAGUGCCGAGUUUCGCGUUGCGUUGAACAUGCAGACCAUCACGCGCGACACACUAUACCUUCUCGCGACUUUUGGCUGCAUGGCGGGGUACUUCAACCUCAUUAUAUGGGAUGACGAUGGCGGUGGCGGUGAAAGGUCGGAGCAGACGAGCAUACUGGACCGCGUCCACGCCUCAUUCGUCAUGUUCGUCGGGUGCGCGCAGACAGCAGCCCUCAACUGGCAGUGGUUCUUUGAUAGCCCGACGUCCGCACGCAUAGCCGCAGAGGACUAUUACCCACGACUCGAGUUCAUGGAGCUGAUAGACCCUCAAACGAAGACAGCCAUCAACCGUCUCUCGACCGUGAACCGGCUCGUGCGGCUGCCACCGACGGGAGACCCGGCGCAAGACUCGGAGGACGGGCAGCAAGGCCCAUUGACGUACGACGUGUGGUCGUACCGCAUCGCCGUCGGACAGACCAAGUACGCCUUUGCGGAGAACGCCGUGGGCCGCAUAAAGGGCUUCCUCAUCAGCGUGCCGUGCAUGUGCGGGCCGGAAGUCAUCGAGGGGCUGCGGACGCGCGAGCCCGUCGCCAUGUUUGUGCUCAUGUACUGGGGCGUGCUACUGAAUGAGUGCGCGGCGGAUUCGUGGCUGUGGUGGGCGGCCGGCCAUACGGGGCGGGACGUGGUCGAGGCGGCGUCCGGGGAGUUAUUGCGGUCGCCGGUGUUCGCGCUGGAGGAUGUGCGUGAGGGUAUCGCGUGGGCGAGGAAGCAGGUCGGGCUGGACCCUGUGAUGCCGGUCAUCGAGGAGUUGGUGUAG